AUUCCGUUUAGCUGAGUAACUUUCUACUUUCUGACCCCAUUGCUGUGAAAAGCAUCACCUUCCCUGAGUGCUGAGAAGUGGUAAUGCCACUAACAGCUUAUAGACGUGCUGAUAUCAAAAUUCCUUCACCUUCUUCUUCAUAGGUAGAGGGGAGCUCUUUGCAUUUUCUUCCGUGCUCAAACAUGUAUCUCAAGUUCCGCUCACUUGAUAUUAAUUCAAAAUUCAAACUGACACUGCUAUUGAUUGGUCACUGAUGGCAUGCACAAUUUCUUUCCACGACACGUGUUUGCAAGCCACUAUUAUGUAAAUGUGUUUUAUCCCAACUAUUUUAACUACUUAAUAUAUGUGUCACCAUUCAACUGAAAUUUCCACUUUUGCUUUGUGCACUAAUCCACAUAUAUGUAUAUUUACUUUUAUGAAGUCUAAAAUACAUUACAGCCAGUAGAUGGUAGCAGCUCAUCUUGUCCAUGAGUCAAAAGGCAGAGACAUGUUGUAGGAGGAGUCACAAAUGACCUCACACACCUUAAUCCUGUUCAUUGCUCCAAAGUGAAGGGGGAACAAGCCGAAACAAUACCUAGUACACAAAAGAUCUAAAAGUACUUGUACAGGACUGCCUACAGUUAGGCAAACCCAGGUUAGACAAACACUCUCCAGUGAUGUCCACACUCACCUCAGCCCUCUAACACAUAGGUAAGGAGCAUGAAGGCAUUAGAAAUGUGAUACAUUUAUGUUACUUGUAUUUCUUCAGCUGAGAUUCCUAAUUUAUGACAAUAUGAUAUCUAAGUUUGUGUAAUCAUUUGGUUCACCUGCUUUUAUUAGAGCACAUGAAUGUAAUGUAUUUGUUUUGAUUAUAGUAAUGCAACAAGGAAAAUAUUUGAAUCAUGACACCUUUUGUCUUUGUAAUUUUCACUCUGUCAGCACAGAUAUAGAAGAUGGGGUCAGAGAUCAAAGUAGGGCCAAUGCGUGUCCUGGUGACUGGUGGAUCUGGGUUAGUGGGCAAAGCCAUUGAGCAUGUGGUGCAGCAGGAAGGUGGGAAACUGGAGGGAGAAGAAUGGAUCUUCCUCUCCUCUAAGGAUGCUGAUCUUAUAGAUGUUGGGCAGACCAGGGCUGUGUUUGAGAAGCAUCGUCCCACUCAUGUCAUCCACCUAGCUGCAAAAGUCGGAGGACUCUAUCUACACAUGAGGGAGAACCUGAACUUUAUGAGGGACAACAUCAAAAUCAAUGACAAUGUACUACAAACAGCCCAUGAGAUGGGUGUCACCAAGGUCGUGUCUUGCAUGUCCAGUUGUAUCUUCCCUGACAAAACCACAUACCCCAUUGAUGAGACCAUGAUACACAAUGGAUCACCUCAUGACUCCAAUUUUGGAUACUCGCAUGCCAAAAGGAUGAUCGAUGUUCAGAACAGGGCAUACUUUCAGCAGUAUGGUCAUCGUUACACAGCAGUCAUCCCGACCAACGUGUUUGGUCCCUAUGACAAUUUCAGCAUUGAAAAUGGUCAUGUGCUCUCAGCACUCAUCAACAAAACAUACAAGGCCAAAAAGGAAGGAACUCCUGUGAAUGUAUGUGGCUCUGGAGAGCCUAGAAGACAGUUCAUCUAUUCUCUGGACUUGGGCCGUCUAAUCAUUUGGGUCCUGAGAGAAUAUGAAGAAAUUGACCCCAUUAUCCUCUCUGUGGGUGAAGAGGAUGAGGUCUCAAUCAAAGAGACUGUGGACAUGAUUGCAAAGGCUCUGGACUUCAAAGGCAAAUUACAUUUUGACACCACCCUGUCUGACGGCCAGAUGAGGAAGACAGCCAGCAAUGCCAAGCUCAGACGCUACCUCCCCGACUUCACCUUUACACCUCUUAAACAAGCUAUAAAGAUGACCUGUGACUGGUUCGUGGCCAACUAUGACACUGCCCGGACAUGAAGUGACCAAACACUAAACUGAAAAUUAACACUAUUCUUUGGUUCUGGUAUCAAGCAAGUUGUGUGCAAUACUGGUUUAUUCAGCGCCACAUUAAACAAUACUGUACAUAUUCUCUAGUAUACUGAAGCCUCGUCAGCUUUUAAUCUCUGGAAGGAAUUUCACAUCAAGGUAUUAUUAGAGAGGUUUCUUUAGCUACAUUUUUCUUAAAUGUUGAAUGAAACAGUUUCAUCAUUUGGAAUGAUUUGAUUUUCCACAUCUGCAUCUACUCUAUAUCUUUAUUAAAUGGUUUUUAUGUAUUAAAAUGUCACAUUUCCAUA